GCUUUCAGUGAUCUACUGUUUGGCUUCCCCCCGGUCUUGUCCAGCUGUGCAUUUUGUGUGCAGCGACUUCCGAAUGUUUUUUUUGGUGUCUGUAUUAAGUGCAGAUGACCCAUGGAAUUCUGUGAGCCUCGCUGGGAUUAGGCGAGGAGUUUUGGAUCGUGUGGUGUUGCCGGUUUUGGUCCGGGUUUGCUGCUGUUCUUGCCAGCGCGUUUCUGCUAAGUGCUGUUUUCUCUGAUUGGUGCAGCUGCCUGCAUGAGGAGGGCUGCGAAACCACCACAGCCCUUUUACAUUAGUUUUAACUUUUGUAGGGUGUGUGUGUGUGUGUGUGUGUGUGUGAGAGAGACUGUUUGGGUGCCUGAUCAUCAUUCAUUUAUAAUAAAUGUGUGUUUGGAGUGUGGUAUGAGGGAUUUUCUUUUCUGUUAAAUUGGGUAUUUUUGUUUUAUUUUGUUUUAGUCCUGCUCAGGCUUUACCUGCUGGCAGGAGGCUCUUUGUGGAUAGCCAGUGGGCUAUCUUAUUGGGCCUGAUUUAUGUUAAUGCCUUUUUAUUAUUUUAUUUAUUUUGUUUAUAUGGUUUAAUGUUUAUGAGAACUUAUUUUAUGUGAAUUUGUGUGUGGUUAGUACCACGUCUGCCAACCUUUUCUGCCGUGGCAAGCAGCCUUUGGUUGCCAAUUGUAUGCCAGUACUGGUGGGAGGCUAUUGCAAGCUGUGGAUCAUCAGUGGUCCACGUAGUUUCCCUCCUUUAGUUUACAUCGUGUGUGGUUGUGCAUUUUAAUUGGUUAGUUUGUUGUGAUCUAGCUGUGUUAUUUUUGUUUGAUUCUCUCUCUUCAUAUCUUUUUUUUCUUUAUUUACUUUUCAGGUACUGUGGGCCCAAGGCGGGGUGGCAGCUGAUUCCUUAGGUGGUUGUCAGCCAAGCUGUGAUUGGCUCCCAGGCCCUUUUGACAUCAUGCGUUUAGCAUUAUGACACCCUUGUUACACCCUCUGGUUAAAUAUCCCAUUUUCUUGCUCCAUAUGCUACACUUUGCCACUGGACUGAGAACACUCUACCUCUGCUACCUGCAGAUUCAGGUUAUAAACAAGACAAUGGACUGGAGCCUUAUACUGGCCAUUUUGUGUCUGAUUGCCACAAAUGCAACAUCCACAAAUGCAACUACAAGCACUGAUUCAACAACCUCUACUUCAUCCCUGAAUCCAACUACAAACACUGCUUUGACAACUUCAACCCCGAUCUCAACUCCAAGCACUGCUUCAACAACCAUGACUUCAACCCAGAGUCCAGCUCCAAGCACCACUUCAACAACCAUGACUUCAACCCAGAGUCCAACUACAAGCACUGCUUCAACAAGCAUGACUUCAACCCCAAGUCCAACUAUAAGCAGUUCAACAAACACUCCUCAAGUAGCUGCAAAAUUCAUCUUGGUCUUUAGCAUCAAUGAAACCUUUGUUCCAGCCCUGGCCGAUACCAGCUCUCCAGAGUUUGAAGAAAAAGCUAAACGUAUCCGUAAGCAGCUUGAACCAAUUUACAAACAAAAGUUCAAAAACUUCAUCAGGAUGGAAAUUCUCAAAUUCAGCGAAGGUUCUAUUGUGACAGACUCCACCCUUGAAUUCAGUGCGAAUGGCUCCAUCCCAAAUAACACCAUAGUGCAAAGCACUCUUAUUAAUGCAACUACCACCGACUCAAGCUUGAACAUUCAUCAAAAUUCUAUAAAUGUCACCGAGGUUCCUGUAACAAACACAACUUCAAGCCCAAGUAUAAUGACAAACAGCCCUUCACCUAAUUUGCCUCAAAUCAUAACUGCAAUUUUCAACUUAAUCUUCAGCAUUAACGAAACCUUCGAUGCAGCCCUGACCAAUACAAGCUCUCCACAGUUUGCAACAAAGUCUAAACAAAUCCUUAAUGGGGUUGAAGCAUUGUACAAGAGAGCCUUUCAAAAAGUCAUCAUCAUUCAAGGGAUAAACUUCAAGAAUGGUUCUAUUUUGAUAAAUAGCUUUCUGUUUUUCGUUUCUGGUGGCAUUGUUACUAAGGCCCAAGUGAAAGACACCCUUGCCAAUGGACUUGCCAACUUGGACUUCACUGUUGAUCCAAACUCCAUCAGUGUCACCCAGAUCCGUGGUAAUUCCAUGCCACCAGCGAUUGCAAACACCACUUCGACAACUUCAACCCCGAUCUCAACUCCAAGCACUGCUUCAACAACCAUGACUUCAACCCAGAGUCCAGCUCCAAGUACCGCUUCAACAACCAUAACUUCAACCCUGAGUCCAACUACAAGCACCGCUUCAGCAAGCACGACUUCAACCCCAAGUCCAGCUCCAAGCACCGCCUCAACAACCAUGACUUCAACGCUGAGUCCAAAUCCAAGCACCACUUCAACAAGCACAACUUCAACCCCGAGUCCAGCUCCAAGCACCGCUUCAACAACCAUAACUUCAACCCUGAGUCCAACUACAAGCACCGCUUCAGCAAGCACGACUUCAACCCCGAGUCCAGCUCCAAGCACCGCUUCAACAACCAUAACUUCAACCCUGAGUCCAACUACAAGCACCGCUUCAGCAAGCACGACUUCAACCCCAAGUCCAGCUCCAAGCACGGCUUCAACAACCAUGACUUCAACGCUGAGUCCAAAUCCAAGCACCACUUCAACAAGCACAACUUCAACCCCGAGUCCAGCUCCAAGCACCGCUUCAACAACCAUAACUUCAACCCUGAGUCCAAAUCCAAGCACCACUUCAACAAGCACAACUUCAACCCCGAGUCCAGCUCCAAGCACCGCUUCAACAACCAUAACUUCAACCCUGAGUCCAACUACAAGCACCGCUUCAGCAAGCACGACUUCAACCCCAAGUCCAGCUCCAAGCACCGCCUCAACAACCAUGACUUCAACGCUGAGUCCAAAUCCAAGCACCACUUCAACAAGCACAACUUCAACCCCGAGUCCAGCUCCAAGCACCGCUUCAACAACCAUAACUUCAACGCUGAGUCCAACUACAAGCACCGCUUCAGCAAGCACGACUUCAACCCCAAGUCCAGCUCCAAGCACGGCUUCAACAACCAUGACUUCAACGCUGAGUCCAAAUCCAAGCACCACUUCAACAAGCACAACUUCAACCCCGAGUCCAGCUCCAAGCACCGCUUCAGCAAGCACGACUUCAACCCCGAGUCCAGCUAUAAGCAGUUCAACAAACACUCCUCCAGUAGCUGCACAAUUCAUCUUGGUCUUUAGCAUCAAUGAAACCUUUGUUCCAGCCCUGGCCGAUACCAGCUCUCCAGAGUUUGAAGAAAAAGCUAAACGUAUCCGUAAGCAGGUUGAACCAUUGUACAAGAAAGCCUUUCAAAACUUCCUCCUCAUGCAAAUCAUAAACUUCAAGAAUGGUUCUAUUUUGACAAAUAGCCUUCUGUCUUUCGGUCCUGGUGGCAAUGUUACUGAGGCCCAAGUGAAAGACACCCUUGCCAAUGGACUUGCCAACUUGGACUUCACUGUUGAUCCAAACUCCAUCAGUGUCACCCAGAUCCUUGGUAAUUCCAUGCCACCAGUGAUUGCCAGCUCACUUUCCAUGAUAUGGAUGUGUCUUCCAUCACUUCUACUUUCAGUGGCAUUGCACUGCUAGCUCUAAGCCUGAUCAGAAAAAAAACACACAAUAUAUAUGAUAAAGAGAAUAUGGACAAAUUGUUUCAUUCUUAUACAUAAAGCUAUAUUCAUAUAAUAAAUUCUAAUAUGUUGAAUUGUUGAAGCUGGAGACUUAAUGAGGGUUCUGAUUUGCCUGAAAAUUUCUCAACAUUCUAACAAUCCUACAAGGAUUUUCUUCACUUCUAUUUAAAUCCUUUGGAAAUAAUUUUUAAACCAUUGUAUUGUUAAUAGUAUAAUUUUAUGUUCACUUCAGUAUAAAUUAUAAACACUGUAAUGGAAACUUCUAAUAAACACUUCAGAAUGCUUA